AUGCGCGAGAAGAGAGAAGCACCAUAUCAACAAAGGCAAGAAGACACAAGGCUUCACUAUGAAAGGAGAGCAUUCCAAAUUACUCACUUCCCCUUGAUUAGAAAAAUCAAGCCAGACGAGGCGGGGCGGGGCGGGGCCGGCGUGUGGGCUGCCAGGAAGGGGGCGGAGCUUCCGGCUAGUCGAAGGGGAGAGGCAGUAGCCGGUGUGGACGUGUUCCUCAAAAUACGGCGCCGCAAGACCAUCAUCUUCAUGGAAGGCAAAGCGUCCAGCACCAUGUUCCUGUUGAAGCGCAUCGUCGAGGGCAUCCUCAAGCAGCUGCCAGACGAGCAGCGGCUGUACAAGGACCACCGGUUUCUGGACGAUGGCAAGAUAUUGGGUGAGUGUGGCUUCACCAGCCAGACCCAGCCGCGGGUGGGGCUAGCCUUACAGGCAGGUGAAGCAUUUGAGACCCUGCCCAUCAAACCCUUCUCCAGCCCACCGGAGUUGCCGGAUGUGAUGAAGCCGCAGGACCCAGGAAGCAGCGCUAAUGAACAAGCUGUGCAGUGAGAGCUCCCCCUGAGGGCCUCCCCCCACUCCAUAAAAGAGAUUGGGUGCCAAAAACAAAGAAAAAAGAAAGAAAAGAAAAA